CAGCGAUGUUUGUGUUCUCACCUUUGUUAUCUGUCAUCGCAUCAAACGGAGGUAGCAGCCUAUGAAAGAAAGGAUUUUACAAGACUUCUGAGGUGUGGCUCCUUUCUGCCAUCUUGCCCAUUCUUAAGAAGUUUUCAAGAAGAUGCGCAUCUCCAUUCAACAGGAGCAACUGAUGUUGUGAACUUCUCUGCAACUCUCCGGUCCUGACAAAGGUCAAGCUUUACACUGCAACUGAAAACCAUAAUGGAGCACAGGACACCAUAACUUAUGUUAUUGAAUAAUGGAAACCAUGGAUGAUCAACAUAAUCUACCAGAUAAGAUAGAGAAAGAAGUUCAACACUCUCCUGGCGAACAGCUACAAAUUAGUGAAUGUCUCAAAAGUAGACUGUAUCCAUACCAGAUUGAAGGUAUUGAGUUCUUUCACAAUGCAUACAGAGAGGGCAGGAAGGGUGUUAUUUUAGCAGAUGAAAUGGGUCUUGGAAAAUCUAUUCAAGUCAUCUCAUUUUUGGCCAGUGUUGCUCGUUUGGACAAAAAGAUCCCAAGCAUACUGUUAGUAGUGCCUGCAAGUUUAUUAGAUGAUUGGGCUAGCAAGAUACAGGACUGGGCCCCUUCGAUGGAAUGCUUGAAAUACCAUCAAUCAGAGCAGUGCCAAGACAAAAACCUGAGCAAAGUGAAAAGAGCAGGAGGGAUACUUAUCACCACAUACAACACAGUUGUCAGGCAUGAAAAAGAACUGUCAUAUUUGCGUUCUAGUCCAUAUUGCUGGGAUUUCGUGGUAUUUGAUGAAGCGCACAAACUCAAAAAUGAAAAGACAAAGACCUACAAAGUGGCAUUGUCAGUACAAGCCCAUAUUCGGAUUCUUCUUACUGGCACACCAAUCCAGAACAAUCUCAAGGAACUGUGGAACCUGUUGUCUAUUAUUUCUGAGACAUGCCUGUUAGGAACAUACCAAACAUUCAGAAAGAAUUUUGAGAACCCGAUAACUCGAGGGCGGGAGGCUGAUGCAAUGGCAGAUGAAAGGGCCCUGGCUCAGGAACUGAUGGAAUGUCUGAAAAAGACAAUAAAACCAGUCUGGCUCAGGCGUACUAAAGACCAGUUGCCAAAGCUACCAGACAAACGUGAGUUUGUGCUCUGGAUCAAGCUUACGCCUGAGCAGGAGGCCAUUUACCGUCACCAAUUAUCAGUUAAUGAGGCACCUGAUGCCCCCUCAAACCUUUUGCUUUUACACAAUUUGCGGAAGAUCUGUUGUUGCUCCAGACAGUUUGAUGGACAUGAUUUGAAUUCUGCUGAAUCCAAAACCACACAUUCUGGAAAACUUGCCAUAUUGAUUGCUUUGCUGAGGAAACUUUAUUCUGAAGGACAUAAGAUUCUGGUGUUUUUUCAAUAUGUCAAAACACUCGAAAUUGCCAUGCAGACUCUUAUGCAAACAGACUGGGGGCAAAGAACUGUUUUGUCCAUGGAUGGAACUGUUGUACUCCACCGACGUAUGAUGUUGCUUAAGUCCUUCCAGAAUGGAUCCCAUAGCAUCCUUUUGCUCACAGUUCAAGUUGGGGCGGAGGGCUUAAACCUGACAACCGCUGAUCGUGUCAUUAUCAUGGAACCUUCCUGGAAUCAAUCAAUAGAUGCCCAGGCAGUAGAUCGGGUACACAGAAUUGGACAAAGGAGAGAGGUAGAAGUCUACCGUUUGAUCACUUGUGGGACAGUGGAAGAGAAAAUAUACCGUAGGCAGCUAUUCAAAGGCUUAUUGGCUCGACAUGCAGUUGGGGAUGACCAGAAUCCUUUGAGACACUUCACUCGUUCAGAGUUAAUGGAGCUUAGCAGUCUUGGAGAGACUCAAUACUCUGCCACCCAGUUACAGCUGGAACAUCAAAAUUUUAAACGGCUUAGUACUGAGGAAAUCCUUGGGAAGCAGUUAGGAGAACAGAUCUCUGGCAGCAUUUGUGGGAUUUCUGAUCAUGGCCAGCUCCUUAAGGCCAGUCAUGGCGAGGACUUAGAGGCAGAAAUGGAAAAGCUGCACAUUGCUGACGAAGUUCAGAGAAGUAAAGAUGAGAUUGAUGGUGAGGCCCACCUCAACUAUCAAAAAGCAUUUGUUGAUGCACAUAGACAUCAUCCAGAGAAAUCACAGGGUGGACAUCAAAAAGGAAAAAAAAAAAUCUCCAGAGAAUCUGUUGUCAAGCCAGUUUAUUCAAAACUUCACCAUGAGAAGACUCCAGGGUUGCCUCGGGAAUGUAAAUACUCUUCCUCUCCAUUCUCUACUACAGUCCAGAAAAAGAGAGCCAAAGCAUGUCCACUUCAGUAUGAUUCAGAUCCCGAAGGCAGUGAAGCAGAUAGAGGUGAAACGAGCAACUCUAAUUCACCCCUAAGAGAUCCAGAAAAUGCAGAUGUUUUACUUCUAGAAACUACUUUCGCAGAUGACAGUGUGGGCGGAAAUUCUGGAACAUCAAAUAACAAGUCAAAGUCUAGUUUUGCAGACAACAAUAGUCAACAAACUUGUACAAGGCACUCUAAGGACAAAGGUGAAGUACAUCCUGACAGUUCUGACACAGAUAGUCCUUCAAAAGACAGUGUGACAAAGAAUGCUGGCAUUGUAGACAUCUCUUUAAAUGUACUUAGUAUCCAUUUCACAAGCCCCAAGGCAGUGUCUACAGGUGCCAGUUUGCAUUCAGCUGUUAAAUCAAAGGAUCAAAGAUCAGAUCUGACUGUUGUGCAAACUCCUAGAUCAGCACCAUUACCAGGCAACAACUCAUUCAACUCUGAAAUCGCUUCUCUGCCCAGCACAUUAUGUAUGGCGAAAUUGCCACAAAUUCCAGAUGUAUGUAGUGAUCCCAAAGACCCCCCAAAGGAAAAGGAUAAAACAGGCAACUUCAUGAUAUCCAGUGAUCCAGAUGAGUUAAAACAUAUGACUCCAGAAAGUAUUUUCGGAGAUAAAAAUGUUCCAGGAAACUAUUUUAAAUUGGACUCUGUUGAUGAAGGCAGAAAUAUUGAUCCCCAUAGCACACAGGCACUUCAGUAUGAUGUAGACCAAGGAUCACUUCUUCUUUUAAAGGACAACGCUGUUUGUAUGAUGGAAAGUGAUGCUCAGAUUGGAGAGCCACUACAGAAAACUAUAGAUGAUGCCAAUGAGAAGAGUGCUCAUCCUGACUCACUCAUAGAUAAUACAAGUGAUGACAUUGUGCUUGUGUCCCGAGAGGGUAAAAUAACUAUGACCUCAAAUACACAUGGACACACUUCCCCAGGCCCUGAGCAUCUGGCUGCAAUAGAUGAUGCUGCUACAUGUUUAGAGGUAAAAUCACAGGAGUCAACACUAAAGCUUAGUGUGGCCCACAACCCUAGAUCAAAAACUUGCUCAUCACCUGAAAGGUAUUAUGACCCUUUAAGCGAAGUCCAUACACCAAAAGAAGAAGAAAGUACUUACCAGACCCUGAAGUCAUUAUCAUCACCACAUCUGCAGCCUUUCUCCUUGUGUGAUUACUCACUUACACCUGGAUGCAUGUCUGUGCCCAGUACACCAGGCAUGGAGGAAUUCCCACAGGUUGCAGGUGUUGCAUGUGUAGAUCCUCAAACAGACAAGAGUGGAAGGGGUGAUUCUGCUUUAUUCAGAGAGUCAAACAAUUCAGAUGACAGGGAUCCAGAUGAUGUUUUCAGAAUUGGCAGUGCAUCUGGAAACUCUGGAACAGUCAACUACAAUGAAGAGUCUAUUUCAUCGAACAGCCACCAUACACCCAGUCUCAUACUAGACUCUGUUGAUGAAGGAAGUGAAGCUGACCUUGGUGACACAUACGAGGUGACCAGGUUAGACUCUACCAGACAAGAUGAAAGUGAUGAGAGUACUGCAGCAUCCCUUGAAGAAACCACAGAUGUCGGCAGUGAGAAGAGUGAAACGAGUACAUCUGUCACUAGCCCUCCACUGGAGACCUGUGGAACACCCAACAGCAACUCAGAGUCUAGCUUAUCAGACAACCACAGUUCACACAAUCUUACACAAGUUCAUCAUUCUGACUCACUCACAGACAAUGCACGUGAUGACAUUGUGUCCCUGGAAGAGAAAAGCACACUAAACCACACGGUCACAAAUAUUGAUGAUAGUAGAGCUAUAAAUUCAAAUUCACAUGGACACACUUCCCCAGGCCCUGAGCUUCUGGCUGCAACAGAUGGUGCUAUAUGUUUAGAGGUAAAGGCACAGGAGUCAACACUAAAGCUUAGUGUGACCCACAACCCUAGAUUAAAAGCUUGCUCAUCACCUGAAAGAUAUUAUGACCCUUUAAGAGCAGUUCAUACACCAAAUCAAGAAAAAAGUCUUUACUGGGCCCCCACGUUAUCACCACCAAAUUGGCAAACUUUCACCUUGUGUGAAUACUCACUUACACCUGGAUGCAUGUCUGUGCCCAGUACACCAGGCAUGGAGGAAUUCCCACAGGUUGCAGGUGUAGGUGUUGGCAGUAAUGCUGUAGCUCCUCAAACAGAGAAGAGUGAAAGGGGUGAUUCUGCUUUAUUCAAAGAGUCACACAGUUCAGAUGACAGUGGUUCAGCUGAUGUUUUCAGAAUUAGCAGUGCAUCUGGAAACUCUGGAACAGUGAACUGCAAUGAAGAGUCUACUUCAUCAAACAGCCACCAUACACCCAGUCUUACACUAGACCCUGUUGAUGAAGGAAGUGAAGCUGACCUUGGUGACACAUAUGAGGUGGCCAGGUUAGACUCUACCAGACAAGAUGAAAGUGAUGAGAGUACUUCACCAUCCCUUGAAGAGACCAGCCCUAAACAGGACAGUUUGACACUGAUCACUGACACUAAAACUCUCACUUUAAAUGUUCCUCUUUGUUCAAGCCCCAAGGCUGUGUCUAUAACAGAUAACAGUCUGCCUUCAGAUGUGGAAAUAGAGGAUCCAGGACAAGAGCUGGGUGAUGCCAAGACUUCUAGCCAAGAACCACCACCCAUAAGAACCUAUGACAUUUCUGCAGAGGCUCAAUCAAGAGAAUUGUUGAGCCCUACCCAGAUCCUUACACCACUUUCAUUAUUCCCAUCACCUGUUGUCUUUCCAUGUGAUCAGUCACUUAGUGCUGAGUCCAUGUAUGUGCCAAGUACACCACACAUAGUGGAAACACCACAGGUUUCAGCUGUAGGCCCUGAUGGUGAUAGUGACGCCCCACAAACAGAGAAGUGUGAAGGAAAAGGUGGUACCUCAUCCAGCGAUCAACACAAUUCAGAUGACAUACUUUCAGAACACGCUGCUGGACAUGACAGUCUAUUGGAAAACAAACAUGUCCACAAUACUGCAGGGAUUAACUUAACAGACAUAAGCAUUCCACUCAACCUUUCACUGAACUCCAGUGAUAACAACAGAAGUGAAGACCUGGAGGCAGAACUGGAAAAGUUUCACAUUGUUGAUGAAGUGCAGAGGAGUAGGGGGGAAACUGAAUGUGACGCCCACCUCCAGUUUCAAGAAGUGUCUACUGAUGAAGAUUAUUGGAGUCCUGAUCAUUUUAAAACAAAGUUACCACACAAAUCAUUUGGGUUCCACCUCAAAGGGAAGAACAGUGAUGGCAGCGGAAAUGGGUGGAAUAGUCCCAAUGUUCAUCUCUCUAGAAAAUCUGCCAACAAACCAAUUUAUUUAAAACGGCACAGUGAGAAGACUCCAGGGUUGCCUCAAAAAUAUAUAUGCUCUCCAUUCUCUAAUUCAGUUAUGAAGAGGAGACAUAGUGCACAGACACUUCAGUCCGACUUACACCAAGGAGCUGUCCCUCUUUCAAAAGCCAACACUGUCCGUAUGAUGGAAAAUGAAGCUCAGAUUGGAGAACCACUGCAGAAAACCACAGAUGUCGGCAGUGAGAGGAGUGAAAUGAACAUGUCUGUCUCUAGCCCUCCACUGGAGACCUGCGGAACACCCAAUAGCAAUUCAGAGUCUAGCUUAUCAGACAACCACAGUCUACACAAUCUUACACCAGACUCUGUUAUUGAAGGCAAUGAAGUUCAUCAGUCUGUCUCACUCACAGACAAUGCACGUGAUGACACUGUGCUUGUUUCCCUGGAAGAGAAAAGCACACUGAACCAAACUGCCACAAAUGUUGAUGCCAGUAGAACUAUGACUUCAAAUUCACAUGGACACACUUCCCCAGGCCCAGAGCUUCUGGCUGCAACAGAUGUUGCUAUAUGUUUAGAGGUAAAGGCACAGGAGUCAACACUAAAGCUUAGUGUGACCCACAACCCUAGAUCAAAAGCUUGCUCAUCACCUGAAAGAUAUUAUGACCCUUUAAGAGAAGUCCAUACACCAAAACAAGAAGAACGUCCUUACCAGGCCCCCACGUUAUCACCACCAAAUUGGCAAACUUUCACCUUGUGUGAAUACUCACUUACACCUGGAUGCAUGUCUGUGCCCAGUACACCAGGCAUGGAGGAAUUCCCACAGGUUGCAGGUGUAGGUGUUGGCAGUAAUGCUGUAGCUCCUCAAACAGAGAAGAGUGAAAGGGGUGAUUCUGCUUUAUUGAAAGAGUCACACAGUUCAGAUGACAGUGGUUCAGCUGAUGUUUUCAGAAUUAGCAGUGCAUCUGGAAACUCUGGAACAGUGAACUGCAAUGAAGAGUCUAUUUCAUCAAACAGCCACCAUACACCCAGUCUUACACUAGACCCUGUUGAUGAAGGAAGUGAAGCUGACCUUGGUGACACAUAUGAGGUGGCCAGGUUAGACUCUACCAGACAAGAUGAAAGUGAUGAGAGUACUUCAGCAUCCCUUGAAGAGACCAGCCCUAAACAGGACAGUUUGACACUGAUCACUGACACUAAAACUCUCACUUUAAAUGUUCCUCUUUGUUCAAGCCCCAAGGCUGUGUCUAUAACAGAUAACAGUCUGCCUUCAGAUGUGGAAAUAGAGGUUCCAGGACAAGAGCUGGGUGAUGCCAAGACUUCUAGCCAAGAACCACCACCCAUAAGAACCUAUGACAUUUCUGCAGAGGCUCAAUCAAGAGAAUUGUUGAGCCCUACCCAGAUCCUUACACCACUUUCAUUAUUCCCAUCACCUGUUGUCUUUCCAUGUGAUCAGUCACUUAGUGCUGAGUCCAUGUAUGUGCCAAGUACUCCACACAUAGUGGAAACACCACAGGUUUCAGGUGUAUGCCCUGAUGGUGAUAGUGAAGCCCCACAAACAGAGAAGUGUGAAGGAAAAGGUGGUACCUCAUCCAGCGAUCAACACAAUUCAGAUGACAUACUUUCAGAACACACUGCUGGACAUGACAGUCUAUUGGAAAACAAACAUGUCCACAAUACUGCAGUGAAUAACUUAACAGACAUAAGCAUUCCACUCAACCUUUCACUGAACUCCAGUGAUAACAGCAGAAGUGAAGAUCUGGGGGCAGAAUUCGAAAAGUUUCACAUUGUUGAUGAAGUGCAGAGGAGUAGGGGGGAAACUGAAUGUGAUGCCCACCUCCAGUUUCAAGAAGUGUCUGCUGAUGAAGAUUAUUGGAGUCCUGAUCAUUUUAAAACAAAGAUACCACAAAAAUCAUUUGGGUUCCACCUCAAAGGGAAGAACAAUGAUGGCAGCGGAAAUGGGUGGAAUAGUCCCAAUGUUCAUCUCUCUAGAAAAUCUGCCAACAAACCAAUUUAUUUAAAACGGCACAGUGAGAAGACUCCAGGGUUGCCUCAAAAAUAUAUAUGCUCUCCAUUCUCUAAUUCAAUUAUGAAGAGGAGACAUAGUGCACAGACACUUCAGUACGACUUACAUCAAGGAGCUGUCCCUCUUUCAAAAGCCAACACUGUCCGUAUGAUGGAAAAUGAAGCUCAGAUUGGAGAACCACUGCAGGAAACCACAGAUGUCGGCAGUGAGAGGAGUGAAAUGAACAUCUCUGUCUCUAGCCCUCCACUGGAGACCUGUGGAACACCCAAUAGCAAUUCAGAGUCUAGCUUAUCAGACAACCACAGUCUACACAAUCUUACACCAGACUCUGUUAUUGAAGGCAAUGAAGUUCAUCAGUCUGUCUCACUCACAGACAAUGCACGUGAUGACACUGUGCUUGUUUCCCUGGAAGAGAAAAGUACACUGAACCAAACCGCCACAAAUGUUGAUGCCAGUAGAACUAUGACUUCAAAUUCACAUGGACACACUUCCCCAGGCCCAGAGCUUCUGGCUGCAACAGAUGUUGCUGUAUGUUUAGAGGUAAAGACACAGGAGUCAACACUAAAGCUUAGUGUGACCCACAACCCUAGAUCAAAAGCUUGCUCAUCACCUGAAAGAUAUUAUGACCCUUUAAGAGAAGUCCAUACACCAAAACAAGAACGUCCUUACCAGGCCCCCACGUUAUCACCACCAAAUUGGCAAACUUUCACCUUGUGUGAAUACUCACUUACACCUGGAUGCAUGUCUGUGCCCAGUACACCAGGCAUGGAGGAACUCCCACAGGUUGCAGGUGUAGGUGUUGGCAGUAAUGCUGUAGCUCCUCAAACAGAGAAGAGUGAAAGGGGUGAUUCUGCUUUAUUCAGAGAGUCACACAAUUCAGAUGACAGGGGUUCAGCUGAUGUUUUCAGAAUUAGCAGUGCAUCUGGAAACUCUGGAACAGUGAACUGCAAUGAAGAGUCUAUUUCAUCAAACAGCCACCAUACACCCAGUCUUACACUAGACCCUGUUGAUGAAGGAAGUGAAGCUGACCUUGGUGACACAUAUGAGGUGGCCAGGUUAGACUCUACCAGACAAGAUGAAAGUGAUGAGAGUACUUCAGCAUCCCUUGAAGAGACCAGCCCUAAACAGGACAGUUUGACACUGAUCACUGACACUAAAACUCUCACUUUAAAUGUUCCUCUUUGUUCAAGCCCCAAGGCUGUGUCUAUAACAGAUAUCAGUUUGCCCUCAGAUGUGGAAACACAGGAUCCAGGACAAGAGCUGGGUGAUGCCAAGACUUCUAGACAAGACCCACAACCCACAAUAAACUAUGACAUUUCUUUAGAGGUUCAAUCAAGAGAAUUGUUGAGCCCUACCCAGAUCUUUACACCACUUUCAUUAUUCCUAUCACCUGUUGUCUUUCCAUGUGAUCAGUCACUUAGUGCUGAGUCCAUGUAUGUGCCAAGUACACCACACAUAGUGGAAACACCACAGGUUUCAGGUGUAUGCCCUGAUGGUGAUAGUGAAGCCCCACAAACAGAGAAGUGUGAAGGAAAAGGUGGUACCUCAUCCUUUGAUCAACACAAUUCAGAUGACAUACUUUCAGAACACGCUGCUGGAUAUGACAGUGUAUUGGAAAAUAGACGUGUCCACAAUACGGCAGCAAAUAAUUCAUUAGACAUAAGCAUUCCAUACGACCUUACGCUGAACUCCAGUGACAAAAGCAGUGAAGAUCUGGAGGCAGAACUGGAAAAGUUUCACAUUGUUGAUGAAGUGCAGAGGAGUGGGGGGGAAACUGAAUGUGACGCCCACCUCCAGUUUCAAGAACUGUCUACUGAUGAAGAUUAUUGGAGUCCUGAUCAUUUUAAAACAAAGUUACCACAGAAAUCAUUUGGGUUCCACCUCAAAGGGAAGAAAAAUAAUGGCAGCGUAAAUGGGUGCAAUAGUCCCAAUGUUCAUCUCUCUAGAAAAUCUACCAACAAACCAAUUUAUUCAAAACGGCACAGUGAGAAGACUCCAGGGUUGCCUCAAAAAUAUAAAUGCUUUUCCUCUCCAUUCUCUAAGUCAGUUAUGAAGAGGAGACAAAGUGCACGGACACUUCAAUACGACUUAGACCAAGGAGUUGUCCCUCCUUCAAAAGCCAACACUGUCUGUAUAAUGAAAAAUGAUGCUCAGAUUGGAGAACCACUGCAGAAAACCACAGAUGUCGGCAGUCAGAGGAGUAAAACGAGUAUCUCUUUCUCAGGCCCUCCACUGGAGAUUUGUGGAACACCCAAUAGCAAUUCAGAGUCUAGCUUAUCAGACAACCAUAGUCUACACAAUCUUACACUAGACUCUGUUAUUGAAGGCAAUGAAGUUCAUCAUUCUGACACACUCACAGACAAUGCACGUGAUGACACUGUGCAUGUUUCCCUGGAAGAGAAAAGCACACUGAGCAGUUUGAUACUGGACUCUGUUGAUGAAGGAAGUGAAGCUGACCUUGGUGGCACAUACGAGGUGGUCAGGAUAGACUCUACCAGACAAGAUGAAAGUGAAGAGAGUGCUUCAGCAUCCCUUGAAGAGACCAGUCCUGAAAAGGACAGUUUGAGACUGAUCACUGACACUAAAACUCUCACUUUAAAUGUCACUUCUCCUCUUUGUUCAAGUCCCAAGGCUGUGUCUAUAACAGAUAACAGUUUGCAUUCAAAUGUUGAAACACAGGAUCCAGGAUUAUUUGAAAACUCUGGAACAGUCAGCUACAAUGAGGAGUCCAGUUCAUCAGACAACAGUCCACUAAGUCUUAUACUGGACACUCUUGAUAAAGGGAAGAAUAAGACGGACAGUUUGGUACAGAUCAGUGUCACUGAAACUUUCAAUUUAAAUGCACCUUCUCUUCCUUGUUCAACCCCUAAGGCUGUAUGUGUAACAAAUGGCAGUUUACCGAUAUCACUGUAUCCAACUUCAGAGCGGAAUGUUGUCUCAGCACCACCACAUUGGCUGCAGCUCGAAGCUACACCAUUAUCAUCAACAUCAUGCUCUGGAUUGAAAAUGGCACUUGAGGAGAAUUGUAAAGCUGUGGAUGUAAAAACAUUCCUCUCUAAAGAAACGUUAGAUGUGAUUGAGGAUCUGAAUGAGGCCAAAAUGGUGCUUGGUGAACUUGUAGAUCAGAGUGAAUUAGAUAGUGCUAACAGUCCUCACAAACCUAAGGCUGAAUCUCCUGGCAAUAUCAAGGCUGCUCUUGAUGAGGCUGCACCACAGAGUUUUACUGAUAAAGUUAUAAUGACAGUGACUCACAAUAUCAGAGCAGAUUUAUCUGUGACAGAAGAAGAGAAUGCAGUAAUAGACAUGAGAGAUGAUUGCUGGUUGUCCUCUGAUCAGCUGGAUAUACGUUCAUCCAAUAGAUCUGACUUGGUUUCCAGUGAUGAAACAGACCAAAAUCCCAUGGAGGAGACUGUUGAUGAUGUAAAAUCUGUCUCCUUAAAUGUCAACUGUGAUGGUUCCCCAGGGUCUGAUACCAAAGCUAUCCCCACAACACACAGCAACCUUUUUGCAGAAAUUCAAUCACUAGGACAACUGGAUCCUACCCAGACUACUAAGCCAUCUUCACCAACACUUCCCUUAUGCUGUGACUCACUCACUUCUAAAUCAAUGUCUUUGCCCAGUGCACCACACCCAUGCAAAACACAACAGGCUUUAGGUGCAUCCCGCAGUCCCAAAGAAAUCAUAGAUGAACCAGAAAACAGUUUGUCUAGUAGAAAAACAAAGACCCUAGUAUUUAGUAGUGAUGAGCAUACCAAGAGACUGACCAAAAGGAAAAAGAGGCACAUACGUCUGUCAUGUCAAAGGAGACUAUCGCAUUUUUCCUCAGUGUUCUAUCGUAAACACGUACAGAAAAAAGUUGUAUCAAAGCAUUAUGAUCAAAGCCCUCAAUGGUUACCGUCAUUCUGCAAGACAGAGAGAACAACUGACCCAGAAUAUAUUGCUUCUAAUUCAGAGGAGUUUGUGUCUAGUCAGUGGAAGGUUGGAGAAGUUUCUGCUUCUUUGAUGUUUACUAAUUGUUCAUCUGCAUUGGAUUCAGCAAUGGACAGUUGUGAGUCAGAUCAUCACUGUUCUGGCAAUAAUACUGAAGGUGUUGUGAGUGCACGUGUGAUGCAUCAUGACAUUACUGAGAAUGAGCUAACACCAAAGAGAGAAUGCUUCCGUUUGCUCCGACAGUUGAAAGACCUGUAAAAUGUUUUUACUCUGGUGUGAAAUAAAAUCCUAAGUAUUUUGAG